GCCUCCCCGCGCGCGUGCGCCCUCAGUAGUGGGUGCCCGGCGUAGCACGCGCGCGCUUUCCCUGGUGUCAGCGGCGUUGGCUUGCGCAGUCCGUAACAGCAACAAUAUAAAUACGACUCCAAUAGAAGCAAUUCGUAACAGAUAGCGUUAAUUACACAACGGUAAAUAAGCAACGUAGUCGUCGAGAAAAAAUAUAUAUUAAUGCCGGUUGUUGAGAUAAGCGGCGUUCGACGCGGAUGUAAAACAUUCUGAUAAUUCAUCAUGGGGCUCGGCUAAGGUAAAUAAGGAAAGCUAGGUGGAACACCGUUCUAUAUCUACUGUCUAGUUUUAUUAUUUUCUUUAUUUGUAAACGGGUGAUGUCGCAGAUAGAACAUGAACGACCAUCUCGAUCUCGGGAAAAGGCAUCUCCUUCUGUAGCCUCGGCUACACCAUCAUCAUCAUUAGCAUUGACAUCACCACCAAAUUUGGCAUCAUCACUGUCACCCCCAACAUCGUCAGCAUCAUCACCAUCGUCAUUAGUGACGGCAAUAGUAGCAGCAGCAGCAUCGUCAGCUGCAGCUGAGCCAUCUCCUUACACAGCGUCAUCAUCAUCAUUGGCAUCACCACGAAUUUUAGCAAUAUUACCAUCACCACCACCAACAUCAGCAGCAGCAGCAUCAUCAUUGGAGACAGCAGGGUCAUUAGCAUUCACAGCCUCAGAGACUGAGCGCAGACAUGAAGAGGCGAGUGUAGCGGAGCCUCUGAGGAGGUCUCGCAGCACCGCCCGUGCCGGCAUGCCGAAGCGCUGCGCCUCUCUCUCCUCGUCUGAGACGACGGCGGUGCCACAGGGCGUCCCCGUCCCUGAGAGACGCGCCUGCGGAACGCGGCGCUCGCUCGACUCGACGUUGCGCAGGCCAGCCGCCUGGCCCUCCGCAGACCGGCCCUUCGCCAGACGCGAGGACCCUGUGUCGCUGUCACCGCCGGCGUUGCUGCCUUGGGCAUGCCCGAAAGUGGGUCACGCGGCCCGGGGAGGGGCAAGGCUAGCGAGUCCCGACGCACGCCGGGCUACGGGCCCCGAUUCUGUCGGUGACGAAGGAGCGGGAUCGGCCGCCGACGGUAAUAGAGGGCGACUGAACGUUGAUGACAAUCGAGAGGUCGCGGACACUGGGGAGCAGGGAUGUGCAGAAAUUACAGGCGGGGACUGCAGCGAUGUCAGAAACAACAACAGCGGGGGCAGCAAUGGUAAGGCGAACAAGACCUGUGAACGACAAGCUGAUGAGGUGCAAGAGGAGGAGGAGGAGGAGAGCGGGGGCGUUUGUGCGGUGCAGUCGCCCGAGCUGCACGGGGAUGCGUGCGAGUCUGAUCGCGAGCCCGGGGUGCCCAGCCCGGUGUUCGUCCGCCGGCAGCAGCUGCAGGAGCAGCAGCAGCAGCAGCAAUCGCAGUCGUCCGCUCGAAGGCGUUCCUCAAGCGUCGAGGCGGCCCUGGCGGAUGCUGCGGCGGCCACGGCGAAGCGCGAGAAGGAGGAAGAGGAGGCGGAGAUGAAGGCCAUCGACACGUCGACUGACGGCCGCUUCCUCAAGUUUGACAUCGAGCUGGGGCGUGGCUCCUUUAAGACGGUGUACAAGGGGCUGGACACGGAGACCUGGGUCGAGGUGGCCUGGUGCGAACUGCAGGAUAGGAAACUGAGCAAGCCUGAGAAACAACGCUUCAGAGAAGAGGCAGACAUGCUGAAGGGCCUCCAACACCCGAGCAUCGUGCGCUUCUACGACUCGUGGGAAAGCACCCUGAAGGGCAAGCACAGCAUCGUGCUCGUCACGGAGCUCAUGACGUCCGGCACACUGAAAACUUACCUGAAGCGUUUCAAGGUGAUGAAGACGAAAGUUCUGCAGAGUUGGUGUCGUCAGAUCCUAAAGGGUUUACACUUCCUGCACACGAGGACACCGCCCAUUAUUCACAGGGACCUCAAGUGUGACAACAUCUUUAUCACAGGUCCCACGGGCUCGGUAAAGAUUGGAGACCUUGGGCUGGCCACACUAAAACGGGCAUCGUUUGCCAAAAGCGUGAUAGGAACACCCGAGUUCAUGGCUCCAGAAAUGUACGAGGAACAUUACGACGAGGCCGUCGACGUGUACGCCUUUGGAAUGUGCAUGCUGGAAAUGGCUACAUCGGAAUACCCGUACUCUGAGUGCCAAAACCCGGCGCAGAUUUACCGUAAGGUCACUACGGGCGUGAAACCAGCAAGCUUCAACAAAGUUGCGAUGCCAGAAUUAAAGGAGAUCAUUGAAGGUUGCAUCAGGACGAACAAAGAUGAAAGGUACUCCAUUAAGGACCUGCUCAACCACGGGUUCUUUGCCGAGGACACUGGAGUCCGGGUGGAGCUGGCGGAGGAGGACGACGGUGAGAAGCCCGUCAUUGGCCUGCGUCUCAGGGUCGAGGACCCGAAGAAGCUGAAGGGGAAGUACAAAGAAAACGAAGCCAUCGAGUUCAGCUUUGAGCUCGACAAAGAUGCUGCUGAAGAGGUAGCACAGGAAAUGGUGAAGUCUGGCAUAGUCCACGAGAGUGACAUCAAGGUCGUAGCCAAAGUCAUCAGAGAUCGCGUGGCGUUGAUUAAAAACAAGCGUGAGCAGAACAAACAGGUCAUUGAAGAACAGGACAAAGGUGGUGGGGUGGCAGAGGAAGAUGCCAUGCGGUCUGGCCUCCACGCUCAGACCAUGGCAGGUCCCCCAGCUGCCGAGCUACUGCUGCCCAUGUCCCAGCUACCCAUGGGGCAGUGCUUGCUUGGCGAGCCGACAGAAGCGCCAGUCCAUGCGGACACUGGGCUGCUACUGGACUCGCAGAGUGCACACCUCAACAUGCCCCUGCCUCCGCUACAGGAGCUGUACAGUCAACCUCUGCUAGACCAGCCACUGCCCCCCCAUCAGCAACACUGCCCGGCCGGCAACACCACACAGUCGGUACCAAUGCAGCAGGUUCAGAUGUCUGCCUAUGCGUCUGUGCCGGCACCGUGUGCCCUUUUGACCGCAUCGGUGCAGCAGGCGGCCCAAGUGCCGUUGGACAGCGUGCAGACGUUGCAGCAGUGCACAACCGGCACUCUGCAGCAGACGUGUCCGGUGGGACUUUUGGAACUCGCGCAGUGUUCGGGGGUGCAGGCUCAAUUUUCUGUCGUGCAGCUGCAGCAGCAGCAGCCAGUCGACGCUGCUCUGCAGCAGCCUGCGCAGCAGCAGAAUGUCAUGGCCGAUGGCCUGCCUCCGCCGGUGAACCUACAGCAUCCAGGUCCAGCUCUGUCGCAGUUGGAAACUGCUCAGCCACCGACGCAACAAGGUGGAGUGCCAUCAUGCACUCGGGGGGUGGUGCCAGACGUGCAUGCCACUUCUUACCAGCCACAAGUUCAAGCACACCAGCAUUUUACUGGGGGCAUACAGCAGCAACAGCCGAACGUGAUGGCAUUUGCACAGCCCCAGGCGCAUCAGCCGCUGCAGGAACUUUCUGGACAUUUUUCAGAACUUGGUUUAGAGAUGACAGCACAAAUGCACAUCCAGCCGCAAGCACAGUCGUACGCAGAGCAGGUUUUGGCACCACCUGUCGAAACGCAAGAAUUUUUGAAGCCCCAGAUCUCAAUAGAGGCCUUUCAAACGGCUGUGGAGCAGGGGUCGGUGGAGGUUGUGCACACACAGAUGGCACCGCAGCAGCAACACUACAGCAUCAGUGUCGUUCAGCCAUCGCCGCUGCUGCUUCAGAGGCCAAGCCUUGCAGAAGCUGCCCUGCAGAUGCAACUGGAGACCUUACAGCAGACUCAGCAGCAACAGCAGCAUGCGGGAAUCAUCGAGACUGGGCAGCAGCACCCACCACCGCAGCAGCAGCAACAACCACAGCAGCAGCAACAACCACAGCAGCAGCAGCAGCAGCUAUACCUGCAACAGCAGCAGCAGCAGCUUCCACAGCCACUGCAGCAGCUUCAACAGCCAUUGCAGCAACUGUUGCAGCCACAGCAGCAGAUGUAUCAGCCACAGCAACAGGAGUUACAACAAGCACACCAACCUCGGCAGCAGCCACAGCAGCAACUUCAGCAGCCCCAGCAGCAGCUUCAGCAACCACAGCAGCAGCUUGAGCAGUCACAGCACCAGGAGCUGCAACAAUCACACCAGCCUCGGCAGCAGUUAAUGCAGCAACAGCAGCCACCACAGCAACUUCAACAGCCACAACAGCAGGAGAUACAGCAAGCACACCAGCCUCAGCAGCAGUUAAUGCAGCAACAGCAGCCACCACAGCAACUUCAACAGCCACAACAGCAGGAGAUACAGCAACAGCAGCCACAGCAGCCACAUCAGCAGGAGAUACAGCAAGCACACCAGCCACAGCAACAGCUGCAACAGCAGCUAAUACAGCACCAGCAGCCACAGCAACAGGAGCUACAACAGGCACAGCAGCCUCAACACCAGCUGCAGCAGCAGCAACUUCAGCAGCCACAGCUUCAACAGCUUCAACAAGCACAGCAACAGCAGCUACAACAGCAACAACAGCCACAGCAACAGCAGCAACUUCAACAGCCACAUCAGCAGCAACAACAACAGCCACAUCAAGAACCACAGCAGCAGCUGCAGCAGCAACAACCACAGCAGCAACUACAACAGCAGCCAUCCCAGCCACAGUCGCUACAGCAGCCACUUCUUCUGCAGCAGCAACAGCCACUCCAACAGCACCUGCAACAGCCACAGCAGACGCAGCAACAACAGCAAACACCACAGUCACAACAGCUGCAGCAACAGCCAAUGCAGCAGGAGCUACAACACCUGGUACAACAGCAAGUGCAAGAGCUACAGCAGUAUACACAGCAGCCAUCGCAGCAACUAAAUCAGCAGUUGCAGCAGCAACCACAUCAACUUCAGCAACAGCCCUUACAGCCAACACAGCAGCAGCAACAGCAGUUACAGUUACAACAGCAGCCACCACAACAUUCACAACAGCCACAGCAGCAGCAACUGCCUGAGCCACAGUCUCUACAACUGCUACAGCAGCAGCAACAACAACUGCAGCCUGUACAGCAGAUGCAGCACUUGCCACAGCAUUUAACACAACAGCCGCAUCCGCUCCAACAGCAGCCACACCUUAAUAUCCAGCAGCCGCCACAACAGCUGCACCAACAGCCGUUGGAACAGUCACAAACAUUACAGCUGCCUCAGCAAGCACAACAACAGCUACAACAGCAGCCAAUGCAACAGCCACAACAACAUCAGCAGCAGCUGCAACAACAAUCAAUACAGCAAGCCUCACAGCAACAUAUUCCUGAACUGCCACAGCAACAGCUUCAGCAGUUGUUACAGCAGCCACAGAUUCAACAGGCUCCAUCGCAGCAGCAGCUGUUACAACAACCACCACAUCAAUUACAACAGCAGCCACAGCAGCAGCUGCAACAGCCACCACAGCAACUACAACAGCCCACGCAGCUGCAACAGCCACCACAGCAACUGCAGCAGGCACCACAGCAGCAGCUAAUACAACAGCCACCGCAGCAAUUACAACAGCAGCCACAGCAGCAGCUAAUACAACAGCCACCACAGCAAUUACAACAGCAGCCACAGCAGCAGCUGCAACAGCCGCCACAGCAACUACAACAGCCAACGCAGCUGCAACAGCAACCACAGCAACUGCAACAACCACCACAGCAGCAGCUAAUACAACAGCCACCGCAGCAAUUACAACAGCAGCCACAGCAGCAGCUGCAACAG